CGUUUGCCGCCUUAGGUUUGUAAGAGGAUUUAUUGGUUACGAAGUUUUGCAGGUUGGACUUGUUGAGGCACAGAGAAGUCAAGUGACAUGCUUUGACUCAGAGCCUCAGGAAGAGUGGUGACACAUGAUGACCUGUGGUGUUUGGCACAGUCCUCAGCACUUCAUGGAUAUAUGAGCUCAUUUAAUUCUUACCACAACCCUGAAAGAUACGUGUUAUCAGUCCUAUUUUUAUAGAUGGUGACACUGAGAUUCGUAGCGCUUAAGUAACUUGCCCAAAGUCACAACACUGGUGAAUCUCAGUGUUUCUGUGGUUGGCGGGUAUUAAGAGAAGAGUCCCAAUGCACAGCCCGAGAUGUUUCCUCUCCAGGGCGGAUAUUUUCUCCAAACCAGGACUGCUCCCCUGGUGUGCCAGAAAACCUCCAGGUUGGUCACAGCUCUUUUUGGGCUCAGCAUGUAAGGGAAACUUCACCCACGUGAUAGCCAAGAAGUGUCAAAGAGGACAGAAAAGUCAAAAGAAACCAAGUCAUCUUGGACCACUAGAUGGUUCCUGGCAGGAAAGGCUGGCCGAUGUUGUGACGCCACUCUGGAGGCUGAGCUAUGAAGAACAGCUCAAGGUGAAAUUUGAAGCUCAGAAGAAAAUUUUACAAAGACUAGAGUCUUAUCUCCAAAUGCUCAACGGAGUCAACGUGACAACAGCUGCACCUAAAUCCAAGGGGCUCUGUUGUCUUCUCCAUCCUAUCAUACCCUCUCCUGUCAUCGAUGGCUAUCGAAAUAAGUCCACCUUCUCUGUGAAUCGAGGUCCAGAUGGCAAUCCAAAGACCGUGGGGUACUAUCUGGGAACUUGGAGAGACGGGAACAUCGUCUGUGUACAGUCUAACCAGCUGAAAAACAUGCCUGAGAAACAUAAUCAAGUGGCCCAGUACUACGAAGUAUUCCUUCGACAGUCCCCAUUGGAGCCCUGCCUUCUGUUUCAUGAAGGUGGAUACUGGCGUGAGCUCACAGUCCGCACCAAUAGCCAAGGGCACACAAUGGCCAUCAUCACUUUCCAUCCCCAGAAAUUAACGCAGGAGGAGCUCUGUGUUCAGAAGGAGACUGUAAAGGAGUUUUUCACCAAAGGGCCAGGAGCAGUCUGUGACUUGACAUCACUUUACUUCCAGGAAAGCACUAUGACCCGUUGCAGUCAUCAGCAAUCCCCUUACCAACUCCUAUUUGGGGAACCCCACAUCUUUGAAGAUCUCUUGGGCUUGAAGAUCCGCAUCUCUCCAGAUGCCUUUUUCCAGAUUAACACUUCUGGUGCAGAGAUGCUGUAUCAGACCGUGGGGGAGCUGAGUGGAGUGAACUCUAACACCAUCCUCCUUGACAUCUGCUGUGGAACUGGUGUGAUUGGCCUGUCUCUGGCUCAGUAUACCUCCCAGGUCCUUGGGAUUGAGUUGGUGGAGCAGGCAGUGGAGGAUGCCAGGUGGACUGCAUCCUUCAAUGGCAUCACCAACUGUGAAUUCCACACUGGUCGAGCAGAGAAGAUUUUGCCGCAGCUACUAAAGUCAAAGGAAGAUGGGCAGUUAAUUGUUGCUGUGGUGAACCCAGCCCGAGCAGGACUGCAUCACCGGGUGAUUCAAGCCAUUCGAAACUGCAGGGCCAUCUGCACACUAGUUUUUGUUUCCUGCAAGCCUCAGGGUGAAACCACAAGGAAUGUCAUUGAGCUGUGCUGUCCUCCCAACUCCGCUAAGAAGCUCCUCGGCGAGCCUUUUGUCCUGAGACAAGCUGUGCCUGUGGAUCUGUUUCCCCACACCCCACACUGUGAGCUGGUGCUCCUCUUCACUCGAUAAGCAGCCUCCUACAAGACUGCAGGCUCUUUGUUAAGGCCGAAGUUUCACUGUCUUCCAGGUUUGGCAUAUUGCUACAUGGCAGACCUUGAGAGCCUUCCCAGGGAAACCCGUCUUUGGAUUGUGAGCAGGAAGAAUGUAGUAGGCCUACCGUCCGAGGCCAUUUUAUAACCUUAGUUUUCAGGUUCCCUUGCUCUCAUGCGUGUUUGCCUGGUUGUGACCACUCUUUGGCCUUGGAUCUAGACUGUACUUUCUUUUUGCUGUCAGCCUGGCAUGGCUCCCUUGGUACUAGUUUGUAGUCUUGUCUCCUCUGUCUGACUCUGCCUGUGAUGACAACUGAGCUUUUCUCUGCAGUUGGUAAUAAUUUCACGUUGACUCAGGUCUCUCUAUUUACCCAGAGAUUAUACUAGGUAUUUUCUGUGUUCAUGAGGUAUCCAAGGAUUAGAACUAGAGACAAAUCUAGCUUUUUAAAAGAGCAGAGUAAGCUAUGAAGUGGCUGCAGGAUGACUGCAUGAUCUCAGUAGAGCGUCAUGCCUUUUUUUUUUUCUUUUUAGUCUUUGAGGCUUCUAGAAUACCCUUUAAAAAUGUGGUUACUCCUAGGAGCAAUAGCACCAAUUAUCUCCUCUGUAGGGAGAAUUGGUCAUAGUAGUGACUCUAUGGGAAAGGACAUCUUCAAAGAAGAGACUGAAUACCUAUAAUUGUGCUGUGUAGCAUGGAGGCAGAAAGGUCCAGAAUCCCUUAAUGAUGCAGUGUACACUAUAAUAAAUUGGAUAUUGAAACGGACAUUCUCUAUUUCAUGAUUUCUUCAAUUAUAGAGUUGUUCUUGGAUACUUGCCCAAAAAUUUAGAUUAUGUUUGGAAUCUUGUAACAGCCCAGAGACAUGUAACUUAGCAAGUGUUGUCUGAUUUACAAGAUGAUAUCAGGUCAAGUAGUAUUUUUAACUCUUCUCAAUCCUAAAUACUUCUAGAGAAGCCUCCUCAGAAAAACGUGGCUAUUGAAGCUACUAUAUGAAUAUUGAUUUAAAAAAUACAAGAAAGAAAUAAUCUAAAGUGAUAAAAAGUGUUGAUUUAUAGUAGUCAGAUAAGUUUUAUUUCCAUUUCCCUAUUUUUCGUUUUAUGCAAUGGGGUUAUAUUAUUUUUAUAACUUAAAAAUUUUUAAAUGUAAAGCGACUUGUAUUUUCUCCUCCUUUGUUUCCCAUAUCUGUAAAUGGCAAUCCUGUCUAUUAGUUACCUAAGCCGGAAACCAGACUUAUCUUUCUCGUUCUCAUAUCCAACUUCCUACAAGGCGGAUACCACCUGGAUACUGGAUACCUUUUAGGUGCUCCAAACUCAACAUGCCUAAUUUCGAAUGCUCACAUCUUUCCCCCAAACCUGUUCUGGCUUCUAUAUUCUCAGUCUUGAGGAAUAUACUGAUCUAUUCAGUCACUCAAGCCAGGAGCCUGGGCAUUAUAUCUGAGUCCUGCUCCUGUACCCCUGUCCACAUCCAGUGUAUCACCAAGUCUCCAUUGCUGUAGGCUACCAUCAUCUCUCACUUACUGAGAGAGCCAUCUUCCCGACUGAUGCCGCUGUGUCCACUCUUGCCCCCAUCCGUUUCAUUCUCUACAGCCAGUGAGUUUUCUAAAAUACCAGUCUCGUUAUGUUUCUCCAACACUUAAAAUCUGUCAUUAGCUUCUUAGUGCUUGUUUUUCUUUAUUGCUUUUAAAAUAAAGUCCCAAAUUCUUGAUGUAGCCUCAAAGCCCCUUCAAAAUCUGGGCAGCCUCCUUUCUCUAUACACUUUGAAUUCCUUUCCCUGGAAAAGACAAAUUUCUUCCAUUCUGAUCCUUUUCAUAUUCUGUUUCCUCAGCUUGGUAUGUGCUUUUCCUUACCUCUUCUGGCUAACUCUAUUCAUCUUUCUAUUUUUAACUUAGAUAUUCCCCAAGGAAUAUCUAAUGAAUAAACAUAGGAUUAGCUGUGGAUAAUCAGCUUUCUGAUAAUUCCACUGUUGUGAAAUCUUUUAAGUAAGGUGAUUUUAGAAUCGUGCUUCCAUCAUUUUUAUUAUGAAAACUUUCAAACAUACAAGAAAGUUGAAAGAAUAGUACAAUGAACACCAGUAGGUCCACCACCAAGAUUCAAAAAAUGUUAACGUUUUUUCGUAUUUGCUUUAUCUGCGUAUCUGUUCUUUGAUAAACCAUUUGAAAAGUUGUAGACAUCACGACACUUCACCUUUGAAUAACUCAGCAUACAUCUUCUAAGCAUAAGGACGUUUUUCUACAUAACCAUAAUACCAUAAGCCCAGCUAAAAAAAAUUAACAGUACCCCACUGAUCUUCACUAAUAUUAUCUAAUAUCUUGUUCAGUGCUUCCUGAAGUGUGGUCUGCAGACUGAUGGUUCACAGGGAGAUGAGGAGCUUGCACCAGAGUGUGUAUCAGUGCACCACGUUCUUCAUCAAGAAAAUCUUGUUAUCAAAAAGAGCAACCAAAUUAAACAGUGUGCUUAGUGACAUAGUUCAUUUAUAUCUGUGGGCUGCCUGAGUAGCACUGCUCCGUAUUCAGAUUUCCCUAGCUCUCCCCUAAAUGUCUUUUGUGGCCAGUUCACAUGUUGCAUUUGGUUAUUGUGUCUCUCUUUAGUCUCUUUUAAUCCAGAACAUUCUUCCCACUUUUUUUUUUUUCAUGGCACUGACUUUUAGAGACCAGGUCUGCCCCACAUCAUGGAUCUGUCUGAUUGUAGGGUGACUAACUGCCCUGGUUUGCCUAGGACUAUCCUGGUUUUGGCACUGAUCCUGCAUCCCGACACACCCCUCAGUCCUGGGCAAACCAGGGUGGUGUGUUUCCUUAUGGUGAUGUUCAGCUCCUCCUUCAGCCCUGAAAUUUAUGUAAAACGGAAGUUGUUUGGUCAAGAGCCUUGAUUAGAUUCAGAUUAAACCAUUUUUGACAAAAAUACUUCAUAAAUGAUGCUGUGUAUGUUAUGUUACA